AUCUUUUAUCUAUUUAUUUUAUUGUCCUUUUCUUUCAUGUUUGACUUGGGAUUUAAAAAUCUGCAUGGCUAGCUCUACAUAGAACUUUUUGUGCUUGGGGUCACAUGCAGAAUUGCGGAGAGUAUGGCUAUGUCUUUAUUACGUAGUGUGCUUUUCAGGAAAUUUUAUGACUCAUUGGGUGUGGCAAAAUGGAAGUCUACUAGGGGGAAAAGUGUGUCUUAGCCACCUCUGUGGGAAAAAUACCAACGAGAGCUCAAAGACUGGGAGUUGGUUAUGAGCAAAGCAAACACACAAAAUACCUGUGGGUUACAGAAGAAACAGUCACUUAUUGAGAAGCCAGCGAUGUUUGCUUUCUGUUUUAAGCCUCGAGGCUUGGAAGUCAAACACAGGGGAACGAAACACAGGUCACAGAAGAAACUCUCGGUUUAUGCUCAACAUAGUUCUGCUUUGGGAGAUUAUGAUGUUUAUAAUUCGUCAGGAAGAAGAUCUCUUGGUUUUGCAUCUGGAGAUGGGAGGUUUUUAUAUUCAAAUCAAAGCUCUGAGCACGUGAAUGAAUAUCCUAUGCAUCCUGUAUAUCCGGGAACAUAUUCCCCCCGUGAACUAGGCAUGGGAUAUUUCUCGAGCGGUAGAAAUGGAUAUCAUAGGAAUCACCAAAACAAGUUGCAAAGAAUCAAUGGGAAGAGGAACACUAGUGAACGAUGGGAUGCAGGCUAUUCUGAAUGGCCCAGUUCCAAUCAUCUCUGUUACUCCAACGGAUCUCAGCGUCUUGAUCUGGAAGAAUUACAGAAUAGUACAGACAUUGAUGAGUACAAACUGCGAGAUGCUGCUGGUGCUGCAAGGCGUGCAUGCGCUUUGGCAAAGCUCAAGCGAGAAAGAGCGGAGAAUUUGCGGUACAAAGCAGAUCUAGCGAUCCAGAAAGCUGCAGCUGCUCUCAUGUGUGCAGAGGCAGUUAAAGCUUCUUCUGUGGACCUAAGCAACAAUGUGUUAGAAAGCUCAAGCGAAGGAUGAGUCGAUAGAUACCACUUCUGUUAGUGAGUGUGGGUUUUGUCACCUCUUGAGUAAAAGAAGAGAGAGAGGGAUUCGACAUGUCCUGUUCGUCAUUCGUCACACGAGCUGGUCUUAACACAAUUUAACAACGACCCAGAUGAGCUCUACUGUACAGAACUUGCCUCCCUCCGCUUUAAGUAAGCUAUAUUUUGAUGCAGCAAUAACACCGAACUGGACUCUGAAACUUUGAUCUCAUGUACCCAUCCGGCUGGGAACGUUCUUAGUAGUUAAGAAGAGACAAAAAUGAGGAGAUGGUUAAAAGAAAAAAAAAAAGAGAAAGAAAAAAAAAGAAAAGAGGAGAUUUGUAAGUAAUUUGGUUUAUUAGCUUCUUUUGGUAGAGAGAUUUAGUUUGAGCAAAAUGAUUCUUCUGCUGCAAGUAUUUUGCGGUUCUCUUCUCAUCCGUCUCUCUUUCUCUGCCUUAUAUUACUUCUUACUUAAGAUCAAUAUGUUUGGAAAAAUAUGGAAAUGACGCCAAAUUGCAAUACUUGCCAUCCAUUAUAAUCGUAUAGUUUACAAGAAAAUAGCUUACAUUACAAGUUCCAUUUGUCAAUAAUACUCGUUUCCAAAAAAUUGUACAGUUUUAUUUUUGUCAAGAAUACAUAUAUAACUGGUAAAAAAUAUUGGUGGGAUAACUAAAUGAGAGAGAGAGAAGGUGAGACAAAUUUCAAAGGCGGGCAUCUAUGAGGCAGCAGUUUUGUCGGAGAAUGUCUCAUUCCUUUGCUGGCUUCAGCCAUCUAUUUUUGUCAUCUCUUUGGUCCUGGACAAGCCCUGACAGAGCUUCUUUCUCUUCUUUCUACCUCCAUUCUCUUUUUUCGGCUGCUUCCUCCUCUUAUUUUCUUUUUGCAAGGUAAUGAUGGCAUUGCUCUUUGAUAGGAUUUCUCUCAUUUGAGAUAUUGAUUUUUUUUCUUGAUGAGAGAGGCAUUUCUCCAAGAAUGGGGAGCAGAAUUAAGGAAGACGAGCGAAUCGAAAAGGCUAUCCGGAGCCUAUUGAAGCUUCCCGAGAACCGGAGGUGCAUCAAUUGCAAUAGUCUGGGUCCACAAUAUGUCUGCUCAACUUUUUGGACUUUUGUCUGCAUAAAUUGCAGUGGAAUCCAUCGAGAAUUUACACAUCGUGUGAAAUCUGUAUCGAUGGCCAAGUUCACAGUAGAAGAAGUUGGUGCACUUCGUGCAGGAGGAAACGAGCGAGCCAGACAAGUUUAUUUUAACGAAUGGGAUACUCACCGUGAUGGUUACCCCGAUAGCAGUAAUAUUUUCAAGCUCCGAGAUUUCAUCAAGAAUGUCUAUGUGGACAAACGAUACAGUAGUGAGAGCAAUGACUCAGGGCAGAGAUCGGCUGUCAUAGAAGAUUACAGGGGAAGUAAGAUGGCCAGUGCAAAUUCUCUUGGAUCUAGAAGUCUACAAUCUCUGGAUAAAUAUGAAACUGAAAGAUCUAGUGCUGUUGGGAGGAGUGGAAGUGAAUCUCUCAAGUUUUAUUUUGAUGACAAGAACCAUAAACAACAACAUGUUACACAUAAUCCAAGGUCCAGAGGUUUACCAAAGAGUCCUAUCCGCUUUGAGAUUGUUGAUGAUAGGUUUAGAGAUGAUGGAAGUGUUAAGAGAUAUGAUGCACGUAAGGACUCCAGAGGAAGCUCCAAAUCUCUUGACCUCUCCAAUAACAAAGACAUGCCAAGGUUUCCUAUUGUACGUCAUACCAGCGAACUCUUAGGCGACAAUGCUCCUCAGUUGCGCGUAGGCAAUGUUGCAAAAGUUGAAAGAAAGAAGGAUCCAGGGAAUAAUAAGAUGCCAGGAUCAUCUAAGAAAUUGGAGAGUCCUAGAAAUUUAAUCGAUGAUGUACCAGUUUCAGAACCAUCUGCUGAUGAAAGCAUUAGUAAGAGUUCAAGUGAGAUUCCAGCAUCCACUGAAAAGCCAGCUCCUAAUUCUUUGGAGGCUUUGUUGUUUGGACUCUCUGUUCCUUCUGUUGUCCCUGGAACAAACAACUGUGAACAAUGGAGCAGUAGUGAUAUUUCCUCUACUGUGUCUGUAGACAAUUAUCCGGCAGGGAACCUUGGGACACAGACAACGCCAAGAACACCAGACAGUGUCACCUCUUUUGUCGCAUCACCUACAAUUGCGCAUGCUCAUGCUGGUUCUUCGGCUCCAGUGUUACCUGUUGCUGCUGAUAACUUAACUACACAAGAGACGGUUACACCAUGUGUAGCUACAAAUAACCAGGAACAACCAGAUACCUCUACGGAACAAUCGACAGUACUGGCUAUCACAAAUUAUGCUCAUGAAGUUGGAUAUGAGCAACAUCAUCAAAAUGAGACACAUUCUAGCGUAAGAAAGGCGCUUCCUGAGGACCUUUUCACUGGAGGCUUCUCAUUUGCCCCCCAGCAGCAAAUUCAUGGUCAACAUCAUGGCAUGGGAUAUGGCAUGCAAUAUUAUCAAUAUCCUACGGCUGUGGGCGCCUUAACAUAUACAGCAAAACCAGCAAAUCCCUUUGAUCUUAGCUAUGAUGAUACAGCUCCAAACCAAACACCACAAUUUCCUUCUAUGGCAUAUGUGCAAGGAGGAGGCCUACCUCACGUGUCAGCUCCAAUAGGGUAUUCAGAUACUUCAAGUCCAGCUGCAGAUUCCAUUGGACUGAUGACCUCUCAGUCACCUUUUCAUACAACCGCUAUAUCCCCAAACUCUCCAGCUCUUGCAUCCAAUUAUUCCCCUGGUGCACUAAUGGGGCAGCAGUCACAUGUGAACAUGUCCCCAUCUUUCAGGCAAGAGAUUAAUGACCUCGGUACUGAAGGAAACGCGUUCAACCCCGCACAUACAUUUUAUCAGGCAAACAAUGGAUAUCCUUCUGUAAACCCAAAUGCUUAUAUUUCCAAAGGAAAUCCCUUUGAAUGAGAUAUAUAACCUUUACAAAUUUGACUACUAAGCAUGAUGAAACAGAGGUUUUAAUCAUCUAGCUAUUGCUUAUUGAUUUUUUUUUUUUUGGUAUGCUGCUAUUGCUUAUUGAUCGAAUGUGUACAUUGAUAUGGAAAGAUAUUUACUUGUAACCAAAAAGAUUAUAAAUCUAUGUAAUUUAUUUAAAUGGCCAUGGACAAUCUUAAUAGUGUGUGUGCACAUACAUGUAAGUUGUAAACCAAA